AUGUCGUCCACGAAGACCGGCGAGCAAAAGAAUGUGUCCCAGGACAACAAAGGUGAGCAAUUGGCAGGCAUUUCAUAAAAAUCAUGAAUAACUUUGAAGAAAACGACCAGAACGUGAAGGAUCUGGGGCAGAAGCUCAAGGACCUGAAGGUCGAGGAAAAGCCUCAAAACGGCGAUUCUGGUCAUGAAAAUGAUCACGAUUCGCGGGAGAGAAGCCGUGUUGGUCGUGGUGGCAGACGAGUUUGCGACUUUUCAGAAAAUGGGAUCAAAUGUUGACUUUCAGUUCAACUACGUUCCCUAUGAGGAGCAAGUCCGACGCAUCGAGGAGGAGCAAAGAAAUAAGGAGGUGGAGAACCGCCAAGCUUUUGACUAAACUGAUUUUUUUCCUCGAAUAAAAUAAAAACGUAACGAGUUUUAGACUCAAGAUAACACAUUUUGAUUAUUUUAAGAUAAGAAUCUUCCAAAAUCGAUUCUGUUCUGAAAUAAUGGAAAAAAAAAAUUGAAAAAAGGGAUUCUGAAUAUCUGUCAUAAUAGCCUCAACGUCCACUUCAAUGAUUGCUUCAGGUUCUGGAGACUGGCGUCCACGGGCACGUCAAGUGGUAUUCUGUCCUGAAUCGCUACGGCUUCAUCGCUCGCGACGACGACGAGACCCACGAAAGAGACGUUUUCGUGCACCAGUCGGCUAUCACCAAGUCUUCAACCAUCAAAGUCUCGUCUCAAUGUCUCUCGCAAAAAAAAAAGAAAAAUUGAAGAUUUUCCUGAGAACUCUCGAAAACGAGGAGGAGGUUCUUUUCGACGUCGUCCGAGGAAGCAAAGGUCCCGAGGCGGCCAACGUCACGGGACCCGACGGCGGAAAUGUCGUCGGCUCUAGGUUCGAUCAAAAUUAAAGCUAGUCCUGAAGGAAUUUCUCAGGUUUUCGCGUAUCUUGCUGCGCAGGUUCAACAAUGGUCCACAUGGUCCGCGACGCCCCAGGAGAUUUAACAGAAGUAAAAUGACGCCUUUUCUUAUUUCAAACCAAUUUUUUUAACUUCAGAUGACCAGAAUAGAGAAGAGGCUAGCCGCGAGGAGCAGCCGAGAAAGUGAAUUUUCGUUGAAAUUUUUGGUAUUCUGGUAACUCAUAACCUUCUGAUUAAGUUUGAAAAUCUAAUGAAAAAAAAAUGAAAAAAUUUCAAUGCAGAAAAAGAAAAUUGUUUUUUUUUUUUUGCGAUAGUUUCUGAAAGCCCAGGUCUAAGGUUUUGAAAGAUUUUUUUUCAGCAAGUCUUUUUUUUUCAGAAACGUGAGUUGAAAAUUUUGUUUUUGAAAGACAAUGAAGCUGAAUUUUAUCAUAUUUCUUUUUUUCAAAUGCUAUUGUUUCAUGGGAAAUUGAAAAAAUAGCCAAGCUUUGGGCCAUGUUUCAGUUCACUUAAUGGUGAAGUUAAUCAUCUUCGCUUGAUGGAGUAAUAUGAAAUAAAAAGGUGUCCGAGCAUGGGCAGGAUAUGAAAAUAUUGAAUUCUAAGAAAAAAAAUACUAGUACUGACACGGAAGAUGACCGACGAGCCCCUCGUCGGCAGGUUCGUCACGUCAGACGCGCUCGUGGACGUUUGAACCCACGACCGAGAAAUGGCGAAGUAUAUCCUUCUUCUUUUGCAAAAUAAUUACAGGUUUUGCUUCCAGGAAGAACACAGGGAGGAGAGCGGAGAACAGUCGAACAGAGAUGACUCUGGAGUUGUGACCGACAAGAACCAACACGAGUCGGAGAACUCGAAUGGACGCAAGAAACGUCGGCCGCGUCGCAAGUCCAACCGCAAGGACGACCGCGUCAAGCAAGAAAACGUCGACUCGGCUCAGGUACGGGAUUAUCAGGAUAGUGAUAGGUUUAUUCACUGGAUUCGAAUACAAAAAUAAUAAAUGUUAGAUUAGGUACAGUUAUUAACGUAGUAUAACAACCAAGAAAGGGAAGAAGGAGAGUAAACUUUGACCCGGUAUUCAUAAGUAUUACAGUAAUCAAGAAAGAAUUGAUUGAUAAGAAAUAGUUAAGUUUUAUCCUGAGUGAGCAGUGGAGACGCUGAAAUCAAUUCAAGAUAUCGACUUAUUCCAAAAUGGAAUUUAUUUUGUUUUGCAAUUUUCAAAAAUAGUUUAAAAGCUUAAUGGUUUGUCUGCUAAGGUAAUCGAACGCACUGCUUGUUACCACUUUUCUCCAUUCCUUUGAAGAGAUUAUUGUUAAAUACUUCAGAUUUUUAAUAUUCACCAAGUAGCUUUUAUAAUUUUAUUUUGUCCAUGCAAGCUUUAAUAGAUUUGAUUUCCGAUUUUUUAGGAAAAUGGAAACGCUACCGAUGAGAAUGUGCAGAAGAAGGAACAGCGCCGUCGCCAAAACUCGAGCCGCAAGGAGGAAAACGCCGAGUCGGCUAAGGUUCAUAAUCAAACAUCUAAAAGAAGAUUCGCAAAUGGAAAAGGUUUUAGGAAGGUUUCUUCGAGUUUUGAACCUUUUUGUGUAAUUUUUUGACCUUUUCUAUGUAAGUCGAUUUUUCUUUAAACUGACUUUUCGGGAUCGCUAACCAUAGAUAGAUCGUGAUUGACUAAUCCAAUAAACAUUUGAGAAAGGAGCUUUUUUGUAGUUAGCUGAGUAAUAGGUUGCAAAGAUUUAUUCAAUUUUUGACAAUGGCUGCAAAAUUUUAUUCAUUUUAAAUAUUCUGCCGUGUUCAAAGUAGUUUUCGCGAAAUGCAAAAUGGUCUCUGACUCUCCAAAAUUUAGUUAUCUAUUUAUUUUUCUGACAACCAUUUUGAAUUUGGCGCAAUCACGUUGAACACGGCAUUAGAUUGGUUUCCCAUGUACCUUUUAGACUUUUAUUCCGCUGUGGACAAUUUCUUUCCCCAUUUCAUUCCCGAUUUUCCAGGAAAAUGGAAACGCUACCGAUGAAAAUGUGGAGAAGAAGGGACAACGCCGUCGCCAAAACUCGAACCGCAAGGAGGAAAACGCCGAGUCGGCUAAGGUAUAUAAUCAAAUAACUAUAAGAAGAACCGAAAAUUUUUUGGAAGGUUUCUUCGAGUUUUGAAAUUGGUUUUUUUUUUCAAUUGAACCUUUAUAUGGAUUUCGAUUUUUUUUUUUUUUAAUCUGAAUUUUUGUCAUUUUGAGACCUUGAUUGAUUCACCCAGGGAAGUUCAGAAGAAAGGAAAUUUUUAGGUGUUCUCUUAGUUAGUGCUUUCAGCUGUUUUUCAAAUUUUAGACAUCGAACACAGACUUAUUAACUUUAAAUUAUGAUUUUUCAGGAGAGUGGAAACGCUACCGACGAGAAUGUCGAGAAGAAGGGACAGCGUCGUCGUAACUCGAACCGCAAAAAUUCGCAUAAGAAGGUAGUUCAAAACAAAUUCCAAUAUUAGACAAGAGGCAAAAGUUUUCUUUGCAAAGUAAGAGUGAAGCUCUUUUUUAUCGAACUUUAAUUCAAAAAGAGUCUUUUUUGAAGGAAAACGGAGCGGCUAACGUGAAUGCUUCUGGGGAUUCUGUGGCCGUCGAAAGCUCGGCCGAUGUCAAAAAUGUCGUUCCUGCGCAGCUGAAACAGGAAACUGCCUAA